CUUGAAGACGUCACUGAGGGCUAAAAAAAACGACAAACUUCGCGAUUCUUUGGCAAUCCUCUGUAGUCAGCUACCACUACAACACUGCCAUUUAUUGUUAAUUGCACAGCCAAAGAAACCAUGGCGGAACGGAAACGAGUUGUCGACUCGGACAAAGUCUGGACGACACUCAUCACCAACCUCGACUACCUCUCCGGUCUCCUCACGCUCGACUACUCGCUUCGCCGCGUCAAAUCCGCAUACCCACUCGUAGCGCUCUACACUGACACAUUCCCCGAAGAGGGCCUUGCGGCGCUCAAGGCCCGCGGCAUCCCCGCGCAGCGCAUUCCCUACCUGCUGCCCACCACCGGCAAGGACUACUCCAAUGACCCGCGCUUCUACGACUGCUGGAGCAAGCUUGUGCCCUUUUCGCUGACCGAGUACUCACGCAUUGUCCAGCUCGACUCGGACAUGCUGGCUCUCCAGAACAUGGACGAGCUUAUGACGCUGGACCUCGACCCGCCGUCGCUGUCCGAGACUGGCACCGUCAGCACCAGCAAGCGCGUCUUUGCCGCCGGCCACGCCUGCGUCUGCAAUCCCCUCAAGAAGCCUCACUACCCGAGCAACUGGAUCCCCAAGCACUGCGCUUUCACAUCGCAGCACGGCGACCCUGAGACGGCGCAGACUGUAGGUGCUGACCCGGCCGUCGGCCCGCUCGGCUUUAUGAACGGCGGCCUGCAGGUGGUCAAUCCGUCGGCGAAGCUGUACGAGCAGAUUGUCGCACACAUGGAGGCGGAUGCGGUCAACAUGGACUUUGCGGACCAGUCGCUGCUGUCGGAUCUGUACCGUGGGCGAUGGGUGCCGCUGCCGUAUAUCUACAAUGCACUUAAGACGCUGCGCUGGGAGGGCGUGCAUCACCAGAUUUGGCGGGAUGACCAGGUGAAGAAUUUACAUUUGAUUCUGAGCCCGAAGCCGUGGGAUGAGAUUAAUGAGAAGGGUGAGUGGACGGGUAAGGACGAGACGCAUAAGUGGUGGAUAGAUGUGAAUAAUGAGCGUAAGGCGUCGGAGAAGGAGAGGGGUGUUGCGGCGGAUCGGUUUUAAUAUGGCAUGAAAUGAACGAGCGAGGCGUUGAGAGGGGAGCAAAAUGGUGUAUUAGCAUAUAUUUUGGAGUAUGAACAGUUGAGAUAGACUUGUUGAAUAUAGCGUAUAACGAAGCCUUGAGUGAUUGUAGUGGUGUAGCAAACGGGCGUGUUCAAUGCUUAUUGGAGGGUAUUAGGAUGUGGCGUUACGAGAUGUCCUUUGAAGCUGUGGUUUUGAGGCUUUGU